AUAAAAUUUCAAGCGGUCGGUUGUUCGUCGUUCGAAUUUGUGAAACUCGUCAAUCGUUUCUUUACCUACGGAAACUAGUGCUUUACUACCAGCAGUACCUUCUACAAGCAAAUCGGAAACAUGAGCUCAUCGCAGUAUUAUCCAUUCCAAUGCACGCCGACCGUCUACCCGGCGGAUCCGUUCGACGCGAACGAGGAUGCGGCCACGCUACGUACCGCCAUGAAGGGUUUCGGCACCGAUGAGAAGGCCAUAAUUGAGGUGCUGGCCCGCCGCGGCAUCGUGCAGCGUCUCGAGAUCGCCCAGGCGUUUAAGACCUCGUUCGGUAAAGAUCUGAUAAGCGACCUGAAGUCGGAGCUGGGUGGCAAGUUCGAGGACGUGAUCUUGGCGCUGAUGACCCCGUUGCCGCAGUUCUACGCCAAGGAGCUGCACGAUGCCAUUUCGGGCAUUGGCACGGACGAGGAAGCGAUCAUCGAGAUUCUGUGCACUCUGUCGAACUACGGCAUCCGCACGAUCGCCGAGUUCUACGAGCAAAUGUACAACGUUUCGCUCGAGUCGGACCUCAAGGGGGACACUAGCGGGGCCUUCAAGCGGCUGUGCGUGUCCCUAGUGCAGGGCAACCGUGAUGAGAACAACGGUGUGGACGAGGGUGCCGCCGCCGCUGAUGCGCAGGCACUGUACGAGGCCGGCGAAGGCCAAUGGGGCACGGAUGAGUCCGUUUUCAAUCAGAUUCUGGUGACGCGCUCCUACCAGCAGCUGCGGGCCGUCUUCGAUAUCUACGAGAACCUAGCUGGACACCCGGUCGAGGACGCCGUCAAGCGCGAAUUCAGUGGAGCCAUCGAGGAGGGCUUCAAAGCCAUUGUUCGGUGCGUCCGAUCGAAGGUGCAGUACUUUGCAAAGCGUCUCCACAACUCGAUGGCGGGCCUGGGAACCAACGAUAAGACGCUGAUCCGCAUCAUCGUUAGCCGAUCGGAGAUUGACCUCGGCGAUAUUAAGGAAGCCUUCCAGGAGAUGUACGGCAAGUCGCUCGAAUCGUGGAUUAAGGAGGAUCUUGGAGGCGAUAAUGCUAACUUGCUGUAUCAUUUGGCCGCUUACUAAAAUGCCAUCCAAUGUGGGUUUGUUGUGUGGUCCCAGAAAGCGCACAAAAGAUGAGCACACCACGUGCCGCGCCAGGCGUUAAACCCCAGAUUACGCGCAGUAUUAUAUCGUUUGGAAAAAGUUGGGUUGCGAGUCUGCGUGAUACCCCCUUUAAAUCAUUUUACGCGCUUAAAGCGUCCAUACGAGAUUAUCGGUUCCAUUCUUACAUUCACACACGAAAUUGUAUGUUUUGGACUUAAUUCGCACCCUAGAUAAACAUAAAUUAAAUUAGUUUUCGUCGAUCCAAACUGUGACGGAGCUGUGUUGCUGCGCAAAUGUUUCCAUGAUGCCCCACUCACCUGUCCCUACCGUACUCUCGUUCGCAGGAGGAUGUCGGAGGAGACCUAGGCGACCUCCUGGCAACCCUGGCCUCGUUUUAAACGCGUCCCGAAUGAUGCAUCCGGCAUGCAUGCAUUUAUUUUGCCGACAUGGUUUGCACUCGAAUCGCACUCUACAGCGCCUUUUGUUAUUCAGGAUCAGUAAAUAGAGAGAGAGCGCCAUAGCUUACGGCUACGUGCGAUCGUUUUCUAAGUUUCCCCAAAAAGGCAAAAGUGUUCUCAGUGUUUCUAAUUUUGUUUUGUUAGUUAUUGUGUUGCACAGUAAAUUAUAUCAAGGAUCAACAUAUGGGACAAAUAUAUACUCAUCAUUCA